CGACAGUCACUAUGUACGAUUUUUAAAUAGAUUUUACAGGUAGCACGUCUAGAGAGAACGUAGUGUUUUGUUGUAGUCGCUGCUUUUUGGAGUUGCUGUUGCGGCGAAACCUGCUUAUGGAGCUUCUACAGCUAAUUUCUAUUGUAUGCUGUUUAAUAUAUUGUCGUUCACCCGCCUACUCGCCUUUCCUGCCACUUCCUGGAGUUACUGUCACAGUCAAGCUAACUAAAUCUAGUCAUUGUUCUGGUCAGGGACUUACAGCUUGUCCCAAAUGUUCUCUGAUGUAAAUCUUCAGGCAACUACUUUACGCAACACAUUAACUGGAUAUUUGGUUGACGAAUUGACAUGGUGUGGGUCAGUCACAGAUCCAUCUGGCUUUAACUGGACAGAAUGCAAUCCAUCAAACUCAAACACAAAUGUAUGUGCAGGGUAUAACAAUGGGGCAUUUUGGAGUGGAGCCUCACAGAGGUUUGCUCUUGCUGCUCGUGGCAGUAUAGGCCUGUUACUUAAUGGUUCUAAAUCAGGUAAUGGAAAAGCAUAUGAAAGCACAAGUUUCUUUGGAUCUGUUGAGCUACCUAAUCUUCAACCAUCACAAGUCACAAUAGUCAACAUCAUGCUAGCCAAUGACAUCGGAGUCACUGCUAAGGAGACGUGUUUUAGUGGUUCACUCAUCAACUUGAGAAGAGACCUGCUACAAAAGAAGUUACUAUUCUCUUGUGUUGAAAACCCAAGGAAAUCGUGCCAAUUUUUUCUCAAACAGCUGAAAAGUAGUCACAAGAGCUAUUCCACAGUAUGCGCAUCCGCAUAAAGAACUUUUCCAUCAUGAAACGAGUCAUGAAAGACAACGCAGCAAUAUUCUGUUACUCUACCGCUCCAGUACUAGGAAGACAUCUAAGAUUUGCCAACUUUUUACAUGUUUCUCACUCUACUGUUUACUGAACUCUCCAAAGGCUGGAUACUGGAAAAGGAAUUCAACACAGAACUUACCGUGGAAGACCAAAACACUAGCUGAAAAUCAUCGAACAGCUUAAAUUACUUAACAUG